AAUGUACUUCUUCCUUGGCGUUCUCUCCACCUCUGAGACUUUCUAUACCUUUGUCAUCCUACCCAAGAUGCUCAUCAAUCUACUUUCUGUGGCCAGGACAAUAUCCUUCACCUGCUGUGUCAUUCAAAUGUUCUUCUUCCUUUGUUUUGCUAUUACCAACUGCUUGCUAUUGGGUGUGAUGGGUUAUGACCGCUAUGAUGCCAUUUGUCACCCUCUGCAUUACCCAAUCCUUAUGAGUUGGCAGAUGUGUGGAAAACUGGCAGCUGCCUGUGGGAUUGGAGGUUUCUUGGCCUCCCUUAUGGUAGUAAAUUUAGUUUUUAGCCUUCCUUUCUGUAGUGCCAACAAGAUCAACCAUUACUUCUGUGACAUCUCACCAGUCAUUCGUCUGGCUUGCACCAAUAUCGAUGCUCAUGAAUUUUUCAUCUUCAUCUGUGGAGUUCUCGCACUUGUGGUCCCUUUUUUCUUCAUCUGCAUUUCUUAUCUCUGCAUCUUGAGGACUAUCCUGAAGAUUCCCUCAGCUGAGGGGCGGAAGAAAGCCUUUUCCACGUGUUCCUCUCAUCUCACUGUUGUCAUUGUUCACUAUGGUUGUGCUUCCUUCAUCUACCUGAGGCCUACAGCAAGCUAUGUCUCCAACAAGGACAGGCUAAUGACAGUGAAAUACACCAUUGUCACUCCAUUACUAAAUCCCAUGGUAUAUAGCCUCAGAAACAAAGAUGUCCAGUUUGCUCUCAGAAAAGUGUUAGGAAAGCAAGUAUCUCUGAAACUAUAUAAACAAAAUGUUAUUUUAUUUUAGAUGCCAUAAGUAAUUCCCUUCUUUAUCACAUGUGCAUUAUAACUGUAACUAAUUCUUGAAAAAAUAGAACUAUGUAAGAUUUACACCAUAAAAUGUAUUGUGUUCUCACUGUCCUUUUAAAUCCAGUCUGCAGGCUAAUGCUUUUCAGCUUUUUGAAUGGAAUAUCGGGGAGGUUCAGAUAUAAUUUUACAAAUCUGCUGUAAAAACUAAAAGUCUAAAUUUCAUUUCAUGGUUAAAUUUUUUUUCCCUUCCUCUGUAAAUCAGGAAGCCUACACUGGGACCAAUUUGGGGUGGUGGGAGGAGGAUUCCAUCUUCUAUAUUAGCUUUGUAAACAACACCUUCUCUCUUUAGAAACUUCAGUGACUGACCUAUGAUGAAUUAUAGUUAGGGAGGGAGAAGAAUCAGGUGGAGAACAUUUCUUACUUGACUGCCACUGUCAUGCUCUGGUAAUGCUGCUCUCAGGUCUUUGCUGAUGUUGCACACUGAGUCUUUCUCGUA